AUGGAAGUUAGCGAAGAAUUAAACGACAAACAACAAAAGGAGGCAAAAGACUUGAUAAAGAAAGAAAAAGAAAUCUUCGCACAAAGCGUUGAAGAACUAGGUCGUACGGAAAGAACUAACCACGUGAUCGACACCGGUGACGCUGCCCCGAUAAAGCAAAAUGCGUAUAGAGCCGCUCCCGGUAUUAAAGAAUUUAUUAAAAACGAAAUAACUCAACUUAAAAAAAGAGGGUUAAUCCGUGAAUCACAGAGUCCCUGGUCUUCCCCCGUCGUGGUAGUGCCUAAAAAGGGCGGAAAAUUACGUUUAUGUAUCGAUUAUCGUAAGUUGAACGCGGUCACGAAAAAAGACUCUUACCCUCUCCCCCGCGUGGACGACCUUUUGGAAACGUUUUCAAAAGCAAGAUGGUUUAGUUCGUUGGAUUUACUAAGUGGUUACUGGCAACUACCAGUAAAUGAAAAAGAUAAAGAAAAAACGGCGUUCGUUACCUCUUGCGGGACCUACGAGUUCAAUGUUAUGCCUUUCGGGCUGUGUAACGCCCCGGCAAGUUUCCAACGCUUAAUGGAUAAGAUUUUGGCUGAUGAGAUUGGAAAGUUUGUCGUAGUGUACCUAGACGACAUAAAUAUUUAUUCCGAAAAUUUUGAUGAACACCUAGAUCAUAUUAGUGUCAUUUUUAAGAAACUAAAGGAGUCCGGGUUAAAACUAAAUUUUGAAAAAUGUACCUUUUUCCGAAGCAAUAUCUGUUUCCUAGGUCACGUUGUGGGUAGAGAUGGAAUUAAGCCCGACGAAUCGAAGAUUGAAAAAGUGAAGAAUUUUCCGAUCCCGAAAACUUUACGACAACUUCGAGGAUUCAUUGGUCUGGCGUCGUACUAUCGACGAUUCAUUAAAGACUUCGCCACCAUCGCCCGUCCGUUACAUCAUUUGCUGAAAAAGAACGUUGAGUAUAAGUGGAAUAACGACCAAAAUUACGCAUUUGAAUCCCUUAAACGUCACCUUAUUACGGCUCCCAUCUUACGGUAUCCUGAUUUCCUAAAGACUUUCUUUAUUCACACCGACGCUUCGGGAUCCGGACUUGGUGCAGUGCUUUCGCAGAAAGACGACGAUGAUAAAGAAUUUGUUGUGUCGUACGCCAGCAGAGGGUUAACUUUACACGAAAAAAAUUACGCCGCAACCGAAUUAGAAUGCCUAGCCAUUUUAUGGGCAGUGGAACAUUUCCACCACUAUUACGGCUUAAACCCUUUUGUAGUAAUUACCGACCAUAGCGCACUCAAAUGGUUGAAAACCUCGAAACUUACCGGUCGACGUGCAAGAUGGAUGCUCCGCCUACAACCUUACGAUUUCACCAUUCAACAUAGAAAAGGACGAAAACACAGUAACGCUGACGC